AUGGAUAUUAGCGGUGCAACAGCAAGUAAUAAUAUCAAGCAUACUUGCAUGUUAUUCACGGCUGCUUGCUACAAACACCCACCUAGCAAACAUGGUAUAAUCCAAAUCAAGGUAUCUCAAUGGACACUUGAAAUCUCGUUGAAGUUGAAGCAAAAAAGAUCAACGAUGAAGAGACACGCUUCAGUUUAUACUGAAACAAAUACAUUUGAGCACUACAUAUUGAAAACUGUAGGAAAUCAAACUAAUGGGAUUUCAAAACAGUCAUCGUACAAUAUUAAACAACUUUUACUAGGGAUCGUCAAGAAAUUAACGAAGUGUAUGCAGACCAGACGAGAAAGUAGCCUUAUUAAUUACAAGGCCAUCUUUAAUUUGUCAGCCGAUGUCUAA